CCGAGGUGGCACAACGGAAAAAACAAAACAAAGGCGAACGGCACCAAAAAUUCCAACUUUCCCCAACCGAUAGUCAGUCAUCAAACACGAAUAGUAUGAUGUUUUGGGCUGCGGGUGCUAGGAAAUGAGAGAGAGAUAAAGAGCAAUCAUGGGCGGAGAAGAACAACAACGCCGUCGUUUAGCGGUCGCCCUGGCGGCGGUUCUUCUCCUGGGAACGUUUGAACUCAGCGAAGGAGAGUUCAAUGGAGACUAUUCAAAGCUGUCAGGGAUAAUAAUACCAGGAUUCGCAUCAACUCAGUUAAGAGCAUGGUCCAUUCUCGACUGCCCGUACUCUCCUCUCGAUUUCAAUCCCCUCGACUUGGUUUGGCUGGAUACUACUAAACUCCUCUCAGCUGUAAAUUGUUGGCUUAAGUGCAUGUUACUUGAUCCUUACAACCAAACAGAUCACCCAGAAUGCAAGUCGCGGCCUGAUAGUGGUCUUUCUGCUAUUACAGAACUUGAUCCAGGUUACAUUACAGGCCCUCUUUCUUCAGUGUGGAAAGAAUGGGUUAAGUGGUGCAUUGAAUUUGGUAUUGAGGCUAAUGCAAUCAUAGCUGUUCCAUAUGAUUGGAGAUUGCCACCGUCGUUGCUUGAGGAGAGAGAUCUUUAUUUUCACAAGUUAAAGCUGACAUUUGAAACUGCUCUCAAACUUCGUGGGGGGCCAUCAGUUGUGUUUGCUCAUUCAUUGGGUAAUCAUGUUUUCCGUUAUUUUUUGGAGUGGUUAAAGCUAGAAAUUGCACCAAAACAGUACAUCCAAUGGUUGGAUGAGCAUAUUUAUGCCUAUUUUGCUGUUGGAGCUCCUCUUCUUGGUGCAAUUGAGACGGUCAAAGCAGCACUUUCUGGAAACACAUUUGGCCUUCCUGUUUCUGAGGGAACAGCUCGAUUGAUGUUCAAUUCAUUUGGUUCUUCAUUAUGGAUGAUGCCAUUUUCAAAGUAUUGUAGGGCAGAUGGCAAAUAUUUGAAGCAUUUUUCUGGUGGAAUCAGGAAGGAUCAUCAUACCUAUCAGUGUGAGCAAGAGGAAUUUCAUUCAAACUACUCUGGAUGGCCCACAAAUAUAAUCAACAUUGAAAUUCCUUCAAUCCGUGGGUUUGAUGCCUAUCCAUCAGUUUCAGAAUUUGCCGAGACCAACUUGUCUAGCAUGGAAUGUGGACUCCCCACACAGUUAUCAUUUUCAGCUCGUGAUGUAUCAGAUGGGACCUUUUUCAAAGCUAUAGAGGAUUAUGAUUCAGAUAGCAAGAGGAUCUUGUACCAACUGAAAAAGUCAUAUCAUGACGAUCCUGUUCUGAAUCCUUUUACACCGUGGGAUAGACCACCUAUAAAAAAUGUUUUCUGUAUCUAUGGAAUAGAUUCAAAGACUGAGGUUGGUUACUAUUUUGCACCAAGUGGCAAACCUUACCCUGACAAUUGGAUAAUAACAGAUGUCAUCUAUGAAAUUGAAGGAUCACUUAUCUCACGGUCAGGGAAUCAGGUUGAAGGGAAUCCAGGACCUGCAAGUGGAGAUGAGACAGUACCGUAUCAUUCCCUAUCUUGGUGCAAGAACUGGCUUGGGCAAAGAGUGAAUAUAACAAGGGCUCCACAGUCGGAGCAUGAUGGGUCUGAUGUACAAGUGGAAUUGAAUGUUGAGCAUCAUUAUGAACAAGAUAUAGUUCCCAAUAUGACAAGGUCACCUAGAGUCAAAUACAUAACCUACUAUGAAGACUCUGAAAGCAUUCCAGGACAGAGGACAGCAGUUUGGGAGCUAGAUAAAGCAAAUCACAGGAACAUAGUUAGAUCACCGGUUCUAAUGCGAGAGUUAUGGCUCCAGAUUUGGCAUGAUAUUCAUCUUGAUACAAAGUCCAAUUUUGUUACAAAAGCUAAGCGUGGGCCCUUGAGGAAUGAGGACUGCUACUGGGAUUAUGGAAAAGCUCGGUGUGCGUGGCCUGAAUACUGUGAAUACAGGUAUGUAUUCGGUGAUGUUCAUUUGGGACAGAGCUGUAGGUUAAGGAAUUCUUCAGCUGAUACACUCCUGCAUUAUGUAUAGAUUGGAAGGUGAAAAGACACCGUACCAGGCAAAUUAAGGCGCUGUGUCUCUGGCAUGUAUAGUUGUGCAGCUAUUGCAUCCUUUCAUUCUUUUUGUAUAUCAUGAUGCACAGUUUCUUCCAAUUACAGGUCAACGUCCAUGGCACUUAGUUACCUGUGUUCAAGGCCUAAACAUGGUCUAGAUUUAGAUUCUAAUGAAGGAGAGAGGUGGUCUCA